AGCUGGGAAGUGGCUGAGAAGACGUGUGGGGGCCAGGCAGCUCAAAGCCUGAAGGAGCCAUGGCCCUGGCCCAGCAGCUGCGAUCAGAGAGCGACUUUGAGCAGCUUCCAGAUGAUGUGGCCGUCUCAGCCAACAUCGCUGACAUCGAGGAGAAGAGGGGCUUCACCAGCCACUUUGUUUUUGUCAUUGAGGUCAAAACAAAAGGAGGGUCCAAGUAUCUCAUCUAUCGUCGAUAUCGCCAGUUCUACGCCCUGCAGAGCAAGCUGGAGGAGCGGUUUGGGCCAGAGAGCAAGAACAGCCCUUUCACCUGCAGCCUGCCCACAUUGCCAGCCAAAGUCUACAUGGGUGCAAAACAAGAGAUCGCUGAGACUAGGAUCCCGGCCCUCAAUGCCUACAUGAAGAACCUCCUGAGCCUGCCGGUCUGCGUGCUGAUGGACCCCGACGUCAGGAUCUUCUUCUAUCAGUCUGCAUACGAUGCCGAACAGGUGCCCCAGGCACUCCGCAGGCUCCGACCGCGCACGCGCAAAAUCAAGGGUGUGUCUUCACAAGGGGCCAUCAUGGACCGCAUGGAAGCUCCAAGAGCAGAGGCCUUGUUUGACUUCACUGGGAACAGCAAACUGGAGCUAAGUUUCAAAGCUGGAGAUGUGAUCUUCCUUCUCAGUAAGAUCAACAAAGACUGGCUGGAGGGCACAUCCCAGGGAGCCACAGGCAUCUUCCCAGGGUCCUUCGUGAAGAUCCUUAAGGACUUUCCCGAGGACGAGGACACCACCAACUGGCUACGAUGCUACUUCUAUGAAGACACAGGCAAAACCAUCAAGGACAUUGCGGUGGAGGAGGACCUCAGCAGCACCCCCCUGUUCAAAGACCUGCUAGCGCUCAUGAGGCGUGAGUUCCAGAGAGAGGACAUUGCCCUUAACUACCAGGAUGCUGAGGGGGACUUGGUUAGGCUGCUGUCAGAUGAGGAUGUGGGACUCAUGGUGAAGCAAGCCCGAGGCCUCCCUUCCCAGAAGCGCCUCUUUCCCUGGAAGCUGCAUGUCACACAGAAGGACAACUACAGUGUCUACAACACUGUCCCCUGAGUCACAGGGACCCUGUGGCAAGGACAGGGCACUCAGCAAAGGGCCUUUACCUUCCAAGAACACGGAGACCUUCCGGGAGGCUGAUGUGAGAUGCAAACCUUCUGGCCCAGAGUGCCUACUGGACAGGAUUCUAUUAAGUUUUUGACACUUUACCUUUUGAUUCAAUAAACCAUUCUUUCUCUAGGG